CAGCAAGCGGCCUGAUUGACAGCUCGAAAUCUGAUCUUGUGAAAGAGACGCGGAGCCAAUGGGAGGCAGCGAUCCAUCAGUUUGGAUUGGAGGCCCCUGGAGGAGAAGUAGAGGAAAAACCACCGAAUUGAGCUCUGUCAGAGGCGCUUUCGGCUUCCAAGGGGGAAGUGCUGGGCAAUAAUUAAUGUUUUUAUUAAAUUUGGAGGGAAUUUUUGCAGCCGUUCGCCUAGCGUGGCCUUCAGUCCCGUUAGGUGCAAAGCAAGUCUCGUUGAUCGCCAUUGCUAGUUUUGCACACGUUUGCGAAUCAGAGCUGCCCGGGGUACACCGACCGCGCAGGGAAACAUCGAGAGUGUAAAUAAAUACAUCGCCUCUUGUUCGGAUUUUUGCUACUGCCGAAAAUAUGUAAAUUGUGAACUCUCUUGGCUCUCUUUGGAUCCAGGUUGAUAGAAGUCCAGAUCCCGAGGAAAUCUCCAGCUAAAUGCUCAAAAUAUAAAACACUGAGCUGAGCUUUGCGAAGAGCAGCAGAAUGGAUGGAUUUUAUGACCAGCAAGUGCCUUACAUGGUCACCAAUAAUCAGCGUGGGAGAAAUUGUAACGAGAAACCAACAAAUGUCAGGAAAAGAAAAUUCAUUAACAGAGAUCUGGCUCAUGACUCAGAAGAACUCUUUCAAGAUCUAAGUCAAUUACAGGAAACAUGGCUUGCAGAAGCUCAGGUACCUGACAAUGAUGAGCAGUUUGUGCCAGACUAUCAGGCUGAAAGUUUGGCUUUUCAUGGCCUACCACUGAAAAUCAAGAAAGAACCCCACAGUCCAUGUUCAGAACUCGGCUCUGCCUGCAGUCAAGAACAGCCCUUUAAAUUCAGCUAUGGAGAAAAGUGCCUGUAUAAUGUCAGUGCCUAUGAUCAGAAGCCACAAGUGGGAAUGAGGCCCUCCAACCCCCCAACUCCGUCCAGCACCCCGGUGUCCCCCCUACAUCAUGCAUCUCCAAACUCCACUCACACUCCAAAACCUGACCGCGCCUUCCCAGCUCACCUCCCUCCAUCGCAGACCAUACAAGACAGCAGCUACCCCAUGGACCACAGAUUUCGCCGCCAGCUUUCUGAACCCUGUAAUUCUUUUCCUCCUUUGCCAACAAUGCCAAGGGAAGGACGUCCUAUGUACCAACGGCAGAUGUCUGAGCCAAACAUUCCCUUCCCCCCUCAAGGCUUUAAGCAGGAAUACCACGACCCAGUGUAUGAACACAACACUAUGGUUGGAGGUGCGGCCAGCCAAAGCUUCCCUCCUCCUCUGAUGAUUAAACAAGAACCCAGAGACUUUGCGUAUGAUUCAGAAGUGCCUAGCUGCCACUCCAUUUAUAUGAGGCAAGAAGGCUUCCUGGCUCAUCCUAGCAGAACAGAAGGCUGUAUGUUUGAAAAGGGCCCCAGGCAAUUUUAUGAUGACACCUGUGUUGUCCCAGAGAAAUUUGACGGAGACAUCAAACAGGAGCCAGGAAUGUAUCGGGAAGGACCCACCUACCAGCGACGGGGGUCACUUCAGCUCUGGCAGUUUUUGGUAGCUCUUCUGGAUGACCCUUCAAAUUCUCAUUUCAUUGCGUGGACUGGGCGAGGCAUGGAAUUUAAACUGAUCGAGCCUGAAGAGGUGGCCCGGCGUUGGGGCAUUCAGAAAAACAGGCCAGCUAUGAACUAUGAUAAACUUAGCCGUUCGCUUCGCUAUUAUUAUGAGAAAGGAAUCAUGCAAAAGGUGGCUGGAGAGAGAUAUGUCUACAAAUUUGUGUGUGAUCCGGAAGCCCUGUUCUCCAUGGCCUUUCCAGAUAAUCAGCGCCCACUGCUGAAGACGGACAUGGAACGUCACAUCAAUGAAGAGGACACGGUGCCUCUGUCUCACUUUGAUGAGAGUAUGGCCUACAUGCCAGAAGGGGGCUGCUGCAACCCCCACCCCUACAACGAAGCCUAUGUGUAUUAACACAAGUGACAGAGAAGGAGGGCCUCCUCACGUGUUUCCUCGUUUUGCAGGAUGCAGAGAAUCUCUGAGUUCUCUUCAAUCUUUGAUUUUUGUUGUUUGUAUUUUAUUUUUAAAUAAUAAUACACAAAAAGGGGCUUUCCUGUUGCAUUAUUCUAUGGUCUGCCAUGGACUGUGCACUUUAUUUGAGGGUGGGUGGGAGUACUCUAAACAUUUAUUCUGUGUAACAGGAAGAUAAUGGGUGAAUGGGUGGGGGAAUACGGGGAUUACUUUUUACUUAGGCUUGGGAUGGGGUCCUAUGAUGAAGCUAUAUCCUGUUUAUUUGAUUUCAUAACAACCUAAGAAAAUGUUCAUUUUCUCUGGGUAUCUAUGGUACAGUUAAUUCGCAUUGUGUAAAUAUCCACUUGGAGACUAGUAGCCUUGGGCAUUUUCCCCUAUCAUUUCUGAGUCUCUGCAAAGUGUACAAAAAAUUUAAAAAAAAAUUAAAAAAACAAACAAAAACAAACAAAAAAAACCUACUGUAAAUGGCAGUUUAAUUGUUAGAGAUGACUGGGUUUGCACCUGUUGUAAAAAGGUAUUUAGAGAUUGCAUUUGCUGUUUUGUUUUGUUUUGUUUUGCUCUGUAUAUGACUCACAGAGGAUCACCAUAAAAUGGGUAAUUCUCUCUGAAGUUGAGUGAUCACCAUGACUGUAAAUGAGGGGCACAAUUUUGGACUCUGGCUCCAAACUGAGUCACAGGCCAGUAGCAUUACCUGUAUCUGGUGCCACCCUGCUGUUUAGACACAAAUCAUACUGUCGUUUAAAUAUUUUGAAGCCCGUUUCAGUUAAAUAAUGAUAUGUCAUGGUCCUUUGAGAUCUUCAUUUAAAUGUUAAAUCCGGGAUCACAAUGAAGCAAAAAAAAAAAAAUAUCUGUCUCACUUCCUACAGUACAUAAAAAGACAUUAUUUAAUCGAUAAGAAUUAACUGUACUAAAUCACAUAUUAUGCUGUUCUAGAUACAGCAAGCACUCCUUAAGAAAAAUAUCCAAUACACUAAAUAGGUACUAUAGUAAUUUUUAGACAUGGUACCCAUUGAUAUGCAUUUAACCUUUUACUGCUGUGUUAUGUUGAUAACAUAUAUAAAUACUAGAUAAUGCUAAUGCUUCUGCUGCUGUCUUUUGUGUAAUAUUCUCUUUCAUGCUGAAUUUACUAUGACCAUUUAUAAGCAAUGCAGUUAACUACAGAUAGCAUUUCAGGACAAAAUAGAUGACUCAAACCAUUUAUUGCUUAAAAAAUAGCUUACGCCAUGCUAUGCUAUAAGCAGCUUUUAGGCACAUUGACAAAUGAAGAGUAAGCUUCAGCUUGCUAAGGGAAACUGUGGAAACUUUUGUAACUUUUGGUGAAAUAGAAAAUUAUUUGCAAACUGUCAAAGAAUCUGAGGAAGUUGCUGUAUGACAUAGUGCUGGCCCUGAUACUCAUCAUCUUGUUUUGGACACUUGUGUAAAUGUGAUUGGAUUGUUUGAAAAAAGAUUUAAAGAUUUAAAGUUUCGAAGGUUUUUGGUUUUGUUUUGUUUGCAUUUGGAAAAAAUACUGAAAGCAGAAUAUGUUGUUUCAUUCACCUUGGAAAAAAACAAAGUAAAUGGUGUCAUAAUAUCUUUGAAAAGCUUGCUGAACCAUUCAGACAAGAAGCAUGAGUUUUGUUCAAUCCAUCAAUGUCCCGGAGGAACGACAUUUUUUAAGAGUCUAUAGUGAAAUGUUUUAAAAAAAAGUCCAACACACAAAGCCAAAAUGAACCUAUAAAAGCAUUUCUUGAUGAGUCCAGGAACGAUGGUUGAAAGAUGAUUUCCUGGCUACCCGUUUUCCAAAAUGACGCACAUCACAGCGCAUGUACCUAAAUUGAACAGUAAUUGGGAAGCCCACAUACCGUAAUCCAUACUACUCACGGUUAAUCCUACAAGAAGAUCUAUUUUAAUUUCAACGUAUGUAUGUAACCUGUGACUUCAAUGAUUGUUCUGCAUAUACAUUAUAUAUCAUUAGGCCCAUUAUGGGUUAAUAUGCCUUAAAAAUGAGAAUUUUUCCCCCUACUAUGCUCAUGUGGCCAUUUACAGCACUUAGAAUAAAAACAAAUUUUAAAAUAUUCAGCUAAAGAUUUAUUGGAAAGUGUAUUAACACAUUUGGAGAAAUUGAAGGAGAAAUUAAAAGUGGGUAUUUAAAAUAGCACCUAAAUGAAAUUGUAUUGAGGAUUCUUUUUUUUUUUUCUCUCUUCCUUUUUUUCCUUUUUUCCUUUUAAUAUUCUAGUUCUAAUUUCCCAUUGGGAAAGAAUUGGGCUAUGAGUUAUCUUAAUGGAUCAACGGAAGAACUGGUAUUAAUUAUAUAAUAUUCAAGGACAAACUAUUUUUCUGCUUAAGGUAGUGACUCACAAAACAAAAUGAGUAAUUGGCCAACAUUAAGAAUAUUUCCAAUACAGGAUUCAAAUGUUGCAUUAUAAACUCUUUUGGGAAAUGUAUCUAAAGUUCUCUUUUUUUUUAAGUUCUGUUUUUAUUCUACUUUUUGUUUGCUUGUGUUUUUAGUUUCAGAUAGAUUAAUAAAUCUGGCAGCUGAUUUCUGCAAGAUUCUUGUGUUUUGAAUUUCUAAUUAAAAUUGGCUAUUAGAAAUCAAUUAAAAAUAUAACAUUUUCCUUCAACUUGGUAAAAUAAAUGAAAAGAAAUCUCUCCCCUAGUGUUUGCUGCCUCUCAGUGAUGACAUGCUGUUACCCAACAGACUAAUUACAACAAAGAAUGGUAUAUCCUAAAUAAGUAAUGAAAAAGGCCUUUUCUUAAGUUAUGCCUGUGAAAAAUACUGAAAACUAAAAAUCCACAAAGCUAGCAGAGCUGAACAGUUUUCUCAAAUCACAUAUUGGAGGUCAUUUAUUUGAAUCUCCUUUCUACAGAUUGUUUUAAUUUCUUGUGGCUGCUGUAAUGAAGGUAAUGGUUCAAAACUACACAAAUUUAUCCGUUCAUUGUCCUGGAGAUCAGAAGUCCAAAAUGAGCCUACAGGUGCUAAAAUCAAGAUGUGCGUGGAGGGCUUCUCUUAAAGGUUCCAGGGGAGAACCCCAUUCUAGCUGCUGCUACUUUUAGAGGCUACUGACAUUUCUGACUCCUGGCUCCUGGCUUCUCCCUCCAAUCUGUGUUUCUGUGGUCAAAUCCCUCUUUUCUACUGAAGUCAAAUCUUCCUCUGCCUCCCUCUUCUAAGGACACUUAUGAUUGCAUUUAGGGUCCUCACAGAUAACCCAGGAGGAUUUCUCCAUCUCAGGAUCUUUUCUUUGUCACACCUUUGAAGUCCCUUUUGCCAGUAUCAUUUAUAGCUUCCCAGGAUCAGGACAUGGAGGUGGAGGAGCACGGAGAGGGUACUGUGAUUUUGCCUAUCACCUAGAUGAAGACACCAUAGUAAAAAUACUGAUCGAUUUACCUAUAAACAAAAGUUUUGUUGAUGGAGAUAGGGUUAGAAGUUACUGAAAAGCAUUUUUGUUUACCACUGAAAUAGGUUUACUUUAUUCUGCAUAAAUAGUGCUAAAAGCAUUCUAUUAAAGUUUACCUAUUCCAAUAAAGGAUCUGGCAAUCACAUCAAAUUAUUACAUGAUUCAAUAACCCCUCAUGUAAAUAUGUGAUGAGAGAAAAGAAAGUAAGGUGUGAUAAAUACAGAGUAGUGGCACAGUUAAUUCUGUCUUCCAAGCCAGACGAUAUAUUUUUAAAAUAAAUUUCUUUUUGUGCUAAUAUGAGUGAUUCCUAUAUGAUCUUAACAUCUGCAAGGGAUUACUAUUAGGUAAGAAUUUUAGAGCAUGUCUAUUACUCAAAAGAACAAUUCUAAAAUAUGAGUCAACUUAUCUUCAUAUGACAAGGAAAGAAAUCUAUUAUCCACUUUUAUAGCAUUUAAGCAGAUCAUGGGAGUUUCUAAAAUGAGCCCCUUUGUCUAGGCAACAUUUUAAGAGCUUAUAAUGACAAAACAUUGCAGAGAAGGCCAUUUGAAUGUUCAUACUCGAUAUCUUAGAAGAAGUAAUAUUUAAAAAUAAGUGAAUGAGCUAUUUUCCAGUGCAGUUUGAGAGGAAGAAGAGGAAAAUAGAAUUGUAAAAACAAAAUAGAGAUCAGG